ACGUCUCGCGAUACAUAUGCUGUCAACAUACCGUCGUGAUUCUGUAUCCCGAACGCCUACCACCAUCGACCAUGGCACCAUCUACAGCAAGCGUUGGCCGCCCCAAUAACAAUGCGGUUCUGGCCGUAAUGGCGGUCUUAUCCGUUAUUGGACUGUACUGUAUGCGCAUUGGUUGCGUUGUGCACGACUACCCGAUCGACAUUCUAGAUGUUGCAAAGACGGCCAUUCUGCCAAAUGGCGUGAAAAUGAGGAAAGACUACUUCGGAAUCAAACCUGUCGACGAAAGCCUGAGCUUUCUGGUGACUGCAUUUCUUUACGGUCCUACGAAAUGGAACGAGGCCUUCUAUUGGCAGCAAGUACACUUCCUCGGUCAGAUAACAGUUAUAAUCGCAGUCAUGAAUGUCGAGGCGUGUCGGGAACGAAACCAGAGUAGUUGGCUGAAAUAUACUGCCAUAUGGACGUUUGUGUAUCAAAAUCUCGGCGGGGCUAUCUUAGUUCCCAUUUGGUGGCUGCUUCUCCAUCGCAUGUCAGGACCCAAAUCGUAUUUUAGGAGCGGACGCGCUGUUCCACUGCAAUACGCACGUAUUAUCCUUCCAGGCACCAUCAUAUUCUACGUGCUACCCACCAUUGUCAUGUUUCUCCCAUACGACAAUUUAUCCGUCCACGAAACAACCAUCGCCUUUUGGCAAUUUUCGCCCAUUCUUGUCAACGUACCUCUCUGGCUUACACCGCUUUUCAGCUCAUCUUCCACCCAAAAGAACAAAAACGCAGACAUUCUUCACCUCAGGAUUCUCUACGUCUUUCUCUUCACUCUCUCCGUGGCAGUGCACUGGUACACCAUUGUCGGCAUCUCGACAUCUGAAAAUCCAGACGUAACCGGCGCCCGUGUCUUUGUUCCCAGCACCUAUACCUGGAGGAAGUCAAUGGACUGGGGCUUACUCUUCAUUUUUCAGUGUGACUGGGUUAUUGUGGGAACAUCUUGCUUGAUUGCGUCUUGGGUGGCCCUGUCGGAUAUGCAGAGAUUGAAGAAGGGAGCAGCAUCAGUUGAGAAUGUACUGGAGGGCUUCAUCGCAGUUAUGACGAUUGCAAUUGGUGGAGGGCCAGGAGCGGCACUAGCUGCAGUUUGGUUCUGGAGGGAGGGCAAGAUGGCGGAGGUUGAGGGGGGCACGGCUGUCAAGAAGGGGCAGUAAAGCGGAAAAUGAUGAAGAAGAUGUUUGGAAAGCCGAUCUUGACGUUAAUUGUAAACGCCA